CCCGCGGAGGACGUCGUGGAGCUGGACUUCUCCAUGCAGCGGCCGCGGCACCUGCUGAGCCCCGCCUUCCUGUCCUUCACCAUCGACGCCAACCUGGCCACCGACCCGCGCUUCCUCACCUUCCUGGGUUCUUCAAAGCUUCGCACUUUGGCCAGAGGCCUGUCUCCUGCAUACCUGAGGUUUGGUGGCACCAAGACAGACUUCCUAAUAUUCGACCCCAAGAAGGAACCAACCUUUGAAGAGAGAAGUUACUGGCAACAUCAAGUGAACCAGGAUAUCUGCACGUCUGGAUCCAUUCCCUCUGAUGUGGAGAAGAGGUUGCAGUUGGAAUGGCCCUUCCAGGAAGAGCUGAUACUCAGAGAACAAUAUCAGGGAAAGUUCAAGAACAGUACCUACUCAAGAAGCUCCGUGGAUAUGCUGUACACUUUUGCGAAUUGCUCGGGACUGGACCUGAUCUUUGGCCUGAACGCGCUAUUGAGAACGUCAGAUUUGCACUGGAACAAUUCUAAUGCACGCUUGCUGCUUGACUACUGCUCUUCCAAGGGCUAUCAAAUGUCUUGGGAACUAGGCAAUGAGCCCAACAGUUUCCUGAAGAAGUCCGGUGUUUACAUCGAUGGAUUCCAGUUAGGAACUGAUUUCAUUGAGCUGCGUAAGCUUCUAGGAAAGUCCACUUUCAAAAAGGCAAAGCUCUAUGGGCCGGAUAUCAGUCAGCUUCGAGGAAAGUCGUAUAAUUUGCUGAGGAGCUUCCUGAAGGCCGGGGGAGGAGUGCUCGAUGCAGUGACGUGGCAUCACUAUUAUUUGGAUGGACGAAUUGCUACCAAAGAAGACUUUCUAAAUCCUGAUGUACUGGACACUUUCAUCUUAAAUGCAGAAAAAGUUUUCCAGAUUGUCAAAGAGACCAGACCUGGCAAGAAAGUUUGGUUAGGAGAAACCAGCUCAGCCUAUGGUGGUGGAGCACCCUCGCUGUCCAACACCUUUGCUGCAGGGUUUAUGUGGCUGGAUAAAUUGGGCCUGUCGGCCAGAAUGGGCAUCGAAGUAGUGAUGAGACAAGUGUUAUUUGGAGCCGGAAACUACCAAUUAGUGGAUAAAAACUUUGAGCCUUUGCCUGAUUAUUGGCUAUCUCUUCUGUUCAAGAAGCUGGUGGGCACCAAGGUGUUAAUGGCAAAUGUGCAAGGUCCAGACAAAAACAAACUUCGAAUAUACCUUCACUGCGCAAACAUCGAUCACCCAAGGUAUAAAGAAGGAGACUUAACUCUGUAUGUCUUAAACCUACAUAAUGUGACCCAGCACUUAAAGCUGCCAUAUUACUUAUUUAACAAAGAAGUAGAUAAAUACCUCAUAAAACCUUCAGGACCUGACGGAUUGCUUUCCAAGUCUGUUCAACUCAAUGGGCAAAUUCUGAAGAUGGUGGAUGAUCACACCCUGCCAGCUUUGACGGAGAAAACACUCCGCCCAGGGCGUUCCUUGGGCUUGCCACCCUUCUCAUAUGGGUUUUUUGUGAUAAAAAAUGCCAAAGUUGCUGUUUGCGUCUGAACAUUAAAGGCAUCAGCAACUAGCCCUGAGGUGGAUGUUUCCAAGUAUAGUGAUGAAUAAAGCUAAACCCACAAUUUAGGAAGGGACCUUAACAUUACAGACGAACUUGCAGGACCUUCAGACAUUGGGACAUCUCCAUGCCAACUUUAGUACCGUAUUUUGGUCUCUCUCUAAGUAGAUUUGCACUAAUAACAAUAGUUAAUGAUCCCUUAUGCCAGACACUCUGCUUAGCUGUGUGCAUGUACUAUUUUUACUUAAGGUUAUUAAAAAUAUGUAUGAACUCAGUACUGCCGGGAGGCAAGUAAGUGGAGGAUAUAGGAUUAGCUUUUAAGAAAGUGCUUAGCUGUUUAAAAACAACAACAUUUAAAGAAGAUUUUUCUCUUCUUUUCUGCCUAUUUAUUCGGAAUUCCACUGGGAAAGGUUUCUUAAUCUUCAAACUGGUUAUGAAGGUGGACCUGAACAGGGGGAUUGAUCUGGAAUUGAUCUGCUGUUCUGUGCUGUGUUUGUAUGAAGUAACAUGUGCGAGGACGGGUGACUCGAUGCAUGAGUAUAAAAAUAAUUAAUGAAAAUCAGAAGAAAAGGAUUGUAUAAACAUCCAAUGAACUAAAAAAAUGACUGUAAAUGAAACUCACAUAGGAGAAAAUUUAGAAAACAUUCCAUAUAUAUUAACUAUAAUUGAUGUUUAAAUCUACCCUUAGCUCUUACUUUAGUUAGCAAGCGUUUAGCUAUAAGUAACAAUAACAAAAACCCUAAAGAGACUUACAUAUUAAAUGCCAGUGAGACACAAAAAGACCUUCAAUGAGAGGGCUCGACACAGCGACUACAACAUAACAGUUGUGAGGGAUCCACAGGGCAAGGCUGCACACAGGGUCGCUGUAAGUGGGGGCCAACCUGGUGGCACCUAAAAACAACAAAUAAUGAGGACACCUGCAGCCCCACAUCACUUUAAGUUCAAGGGGGCUGGGCUCCAGUAGGUCAGAUGUCACAAGACCCACGUUCCUUCCCCCUCUCUGCUCAUCUCCAGGGCUGGCUUCACGCUCAGGUGAGGAGCAUGAUGCCAUAGCUGUUCAAGGGCCCAUGCAUAGCUGUCUUAGGUGAGAAGUGGGUGCCUGGCCACCCCAUUCCAGCCUGCCCCACAAGUAGUGAGGUCCCCUCACUAUCUCGUGUGGCUAUUUGGAGUGCAACGGGUGCUGAGUCAUCUACAGCACUGACCACUACAUUUCUGUGCUUUUUUUAUCAGAGAUAAGAUAUAUUCUUUUCCACGUCAUGAUUUCUAGAAAUAAUCCUCUUUAUAUUUAUGCUUGCUAUGAACAUUGUCUCAAGUCUCUCUAAGUAUUUUAUAAGGAGUGUAAUCUGGAACUUGGUGUUUGGAUGCUUCAAUGCUCUUAGAUUUUUAUAUAUAAGUGGUUUUAUAUUUUCACACUCGAAAUAAAGUAAUUUUAUAACCUU